AUGCGCAAAAGCCCUCCUUCUACGACAAUAAGGUGUGCAACGCAGUCUAGAAUUCAGGAGCAACUUCCUCUGGUAGCUGAUUUUUUACGCAGCAGAGAAGUAUCCGCUGGGCUAGCGACGACGCUGUACAUGGCUACAACUCAAGACAGACUCCCCUCUGAUGCGCCCCUGGAAGUGCCGACAAGUUCGACGUUCCAACAACUUCAGUACGUUGAUAAACAACAAAGGAUUAUUGAUGAGAACGUAGCGGCCGCUGUAGAAAUGCACAGAGAGGCAUAUCCCCCUCUGUCCGAAAGUGCGGAUAUCGAGGAUGAAGAACAUUAG